AUGGCAUACAAACACGAAGAAAAAGAUCCCAUUCUGGUUCCAGAGCUGGACACGACUAACCAAAAGCCCGCGUUGGGGUUCGCCAUCUUGCUGUCCGACUACCUGGACUCCUGCGACCAGCCUGAGAACAAAGUCAGCAUCGUCCAUAGCAACAGCCCGUUUGGGUCGUACUUGGAGGACACCAACGGCAUCACUGUUCGAACGGACAUUGCUCGCAGCUGGGCCAAGAUGGAAAUGACCGCCAUCAAGAACCGGAUCGUUUUGAGCGGUCUCACGCUGACCAUUCCGCUCUUCAUGUAUCUCAAGCUGAUUUUCUGGUGA